CCGUUACACGUCGCAUAAACACCUACCAAACUUCCCACAAACGAACCAGCUCCACCACUCACCAGACCAGCAGACGCCGUAGCAACCGUGACUUUGGCGUAUGGAAUAUCAACUGGCAUUGCAGAUAGCGCAUAUGUAUCUUUAUCCUUUGUUUCAAUCUGCAAUCGAAUAGGCGAAGUUGGCCAGUCACUUGGUAGCGUUACAAUCACCGGUACCGGAGGAGUUCCGGUUCCCUCUGCACGGAAACGAAGCGAUAGUACAGGUUCUGUCUCUCCCUCACCCUUCAGAAGCACCAAGCCAAGAUCAAUGUGGUUGAAUUGCGUCAAAAAGAUGGUGACCCCUGCCUCCUGUUCGAUUUCUUUUGGAGUGAAAGUCAGGUCGACGGUGAAGGAAAACAGAGAAUCAGUCUGACGGCGUCCGAUAAACGGCACACCAAGUUGGCCAGUAAGUUCUGGAGUUUCCGUUGAAAGUGGCGUGCCUGUCAGAUUAUUGCGACUCGGUACAAUGUUCAAUCCCUCCUCGGUCACGGAAAACAUGCCCUCUCUUGGGACACGGUGGUGGACAAGAUUUCUAGGAAGUGGUUCUCCGACUGGGAAGUCAUAUACAUCGGGAUCAGAGUUGUAAGGGCCGGUUCCUGGGAGUUCACGGGUAGGUGGUGGCAUUGGCCAUCCACUCAUGGUGCCUCGAACCGGUUCCAUGAUAGGAUAUUCGCCUUCAUUCCAGGUAACGGGAAAGAGAGCAGCUUCGCGGCCCAUAGGAUAAAUCACCCAUUCCGGUCCUGAUCGUGUUGUCAAACAUAUUCCCCACCAUUUCCCUUGAGUAUCUUGAAAGAGGUCGGCAUGUCCGAUCGUCUGAAAAUAUUCAUCGGUACCACGAUUCGUCAAAACGGGGUUGUUCUCAUAUGGAAUGUAAGGACCGUUGAUAUUAGUCGCUCGAGCCAUGGUGACCGCAUGGCCAAGUUCAGUUCCUCCUUCAGCAAUGAGAAGAUAGUAAUAUCCGUCUUUCUUAUAGAUGUGGGGGCCCUCUGGUGAAGAUCCACCUGUUCCAUUCCACACAUUGUUUGGCGGUUGACUGAGCUCUCCAGUUUCAAGGUUGAUUUCUUGGAUGUUGAUUGUCUGUGUCGCCAUAUACACCUUUCCAUCAUCGUCCCAGAACAAAUCGGGAUCAAUUCCACUGGGAUGGAAAAUAACAGGGUCGGCCCAUGCCGCAUCAUCAAAAGGAUCCGCCGACUUAAACAUCACGCCAAUAAGUCCUCCUGGUAUACCGAGAUAUUCGCAUACCACAUAAAACAGACCAUCAUGAUGGCGGAUAGUUGCUGCAAACAUUCCCUCCUGUUGACCAGUGGUGUUUCGAGAAAGGCCAAGAAGUUGGCUGUCGCGGUUCCAGGCGUGACUGACAUGUUUCCAAUUGAUCAGAUCUUUCGAGGCAUAGAUUGGGAGUCCUGGGAAAGAAAUGAAAGUCGAGGUUACGCAGAAGAACGUAUCUCCUACCAGAACACACGAGGGGUCGGAAUGCCACCCUGAGAGGACUGGAUUAUUGUAGGUGCUGUUUUGUGCUUGGACGUGGGAUGCCAUUGUGGUGCACGCGAGGAAAAAGUGGAAGAUGGUGGAGAGGAACAUCUUUGCUCAACACGCCACUGGGUUGUGAUUAUCAAUCCACGGAUUGGGCAGUGAAGCCUUUAUACCAUUCCUUUCUGGUGAAUCUCUGGGAGGGGUUGGUUUGGACCGAGGGGCAAUUCACCAAUUACAUCAUCGGUGAAGCGUUUUGCAAUUAGCCAGCUACUGGUAACAAAAAUUCUUUCUUUUUCGUGUACGGGGGAUUUGAUAUUCCUUGGUACACCUUGGUACUGCAGGUACUCCCCGCAUCAUGGCUUCGCCGUUGAUAUCUGAGUCAUGGAUAUGCCUUGUCCACCUGUUCGUCCACCGUUAACCGAGACUUGAAUUUGGAGAAGAUCCGGGGAAGAUCCGGGGAAGAUCCGGGGAAAUCGAAGAAUAUGGGGAAAAUGUGGAACCCCUGUUUUUAGCCUAAUUCAAGGGGAGAAACGCACCAAUUGGAAGCUCAUUACUCCGCUUUCUUUCCCUAUUUUUGUUAGCCUGGCUGCAGGAUUUCUCAACCGCUUGCUUGGUAUUGCUUCUUGAUGUUGGAGUUGGAUAUUGGGUUCAAGUAUUUGCAUCUUGGCUUGAACAGUUGAGCGACAUCGCAGAGAAAGGACGCACGGACUAUAAAUGUUGGGUAAUCACUCACCUUUUUUCAUUCUAUUUUUAUGACUAUGGUAACAAUGGACAAUUAUUGACUGAAACCUUCUAGUAUUCUUGUGGCUUCAAAGUGCUUGUGCACGUCACUCAUUGGCCUUAAAUUUGGUCGAGUGGCUAUGUUGGCAAUAGCUUCAAUUGCUAGGCUCUAUUCCAGCCUUUGUCCCCCUGGGUAGAAUGGCUUUUGGGCCAUAGCGCACUGAUUUUGGAGCAUUCCGAGAAUUCCAAGUACUCCGAGCAUACCAAGAGCUGCUGUAAAGGAAAAGAAGAUGCGGGCCCAAAGCAGAAGAAGGCACUUCAAUCUCAACUGCGAAAACCAUACGCAGAGUCCCCAUUUCAGUUAUUCCAUGUGCGAAAAUCCACAAAGAAAUAAUCGCAUUUUAUCCCCAUAGGAUCACAGAGUAUCAGCGAAGACGUAACAAAUUGAGCCCUUGGGUAGGCAGAGGUCAGCAAAAGGAUCUAGGAGCUCUGUGAGAGAGACACUCUAGACUUUUGAGAAUUCUCCAUUGUCUUAUCCAUUCUCCAAUCAACCAAAGAAACAGUGGCAAUCUCCUCACUAUCCAAUAUGGAAUCGCAUAUGGGAAAUGGUAUGCUUGGCAUCAUUGGAGACGAGCCCUAGGACUCUUAGGUGGUUUAAGGGUUGACAGUCAGAGAAGAGGGUGGAGAGGGGCCAUGUGCCAACAUCAAUAUUUCCCCUCUUCCUCCUUCAUACAUUGAAGAAAACAACAAGUGACGACAGAUUUGUUGGAAUUCAUUUAUUAACAAAAAGAGAAAUUUAGCGAGUGAGUGCACGUACCAUUUACAUGUUUGGAGUCUGUGUAUAUUGACACUUUUCAACCAGGCGGUGAAGAGCAAAGGGCAAAAGCAGUAUAGACAAAUGCACAAAGAACGUUUCAGCAUGCUGUUGAACUUUGGUCAGAGAUAUUGUGUUUCCCCAGGGAUGUCGUUGCAAAACCAUCAGAUAAUUGACCUUCACAGGGAAAGCCAUCUCAAUUGGGGCUUAUCCAUACACAAUACUUCAUUACGCGACUCAUCAUACCUUGUUUAAUAAUCAGCUCUCUGCGACCCUGCUAGGGUACAUGAGGUAGGUUGAACUAAAGCCAAAGGUGAAAUUGACCAUAGGUCAAAACCAAACCUCGCUUAUUCUUCCUUGGCAUUGAAAUCCACCAAGCUCUCAGAACAACCAAUCUAUAUUUUGAUCUCUUUGUUUCGCAAUGAAUUGACUUUGUAGCUUCAAUAUUAGCGCGUGGGGGGUUGGACAUGUGCUGGGAUCCUCCUCUUGGUUUAUCGGUUGCAAUUCCCUUGGCUGUUAGUGAAGCCAUGCAGCGAGAGAAUUCACUCUCUCAAAGCUCCCUCAAAGUGUAAGCGAGCCAACCAUCAAUGUGAUACAUCUGCCAGCCACCGCAUUUCGGAUAUUUUUGGCAGCAUAUCAACUUGUCCAGCCUUAUCAUUUUCCUGCGACAAUACAACCCCGCCGACUCCUCAUCCACAACCACAUCUUUCAACAACGUAACACAACACUUCCUGUGAGAAGAGAUCAGUGAGAGCAGAACAACUCAAAAUGUCCGACCUACCAAGACGAUCAUCUGGUGGCAAGAAGGGAUGGAAGGCGUUGACUGAUUCUUUCAGAAAGAAGAGCGCGUCCGAUCUAAAGACUGUCGACGACAUACCAGUUGCCCCUCAGAUGGGAUCACGACCAACUUCCAAUGAGAGAGAGUUUUACGAGAGCAUUGAUCGCGAAAUGAUGCAAACACCACCACAAGGCUUCAAUAGACAUGUCGACCAAUUCCAAGUCGCUCCAUCUCAAGUUAUGGAACCUUUCCCGGCCUUUCAACAGGUCAAUCUCCAAGCUACUGCACCCCAACGUCAACAACUCAACCAUGGACCAGCCAACACCAACCGAGUCGCCUUGACUCGUGGUCAAGAACUCAGCCUAGCCUAUGGACGAGCUAACAUCAACCGAGUCGUCCUAACUCGAGGUCAAGAACUUAGUUUGGCGUAUGGACGAGCCAACAUCAACCAAUCUGUCGCCCCUCAGCAAGAACCCGACCCAACCUAUGGAAGUGUCGCCGUCAACCAAGCUGCCGCACCCCAAUCUCAAGAACUGACCCCGGCCUUUGGAACAACUCAAUCUCAAGGUCAACAAUUGAGACCAGUAUCCGGAGAACUCGACCGCAACUGGACAUUUGGUCAAGUUCAGCAGCCCAACCAAGCCCGCCCAGCUAUGGGACAAGUUCCUCGCCCCCGGGGCCAUGAUCGCAACGUUCAUCAUACACACCGAAGAGGCUCUGCCCACCGGCACCGAGGCCAUGAACGAAACAUGCAUCACCCCGUGGCAGCGGCAAUGAACCUAGGCUUCGGCCCAGCUGCUCCUCCACCUGCACAAGCCUUUGGUCCGAUCCCCGGUGCGGCUCCGGUUGAAACUCUCGCUGAAGUUGCAGCAGCAACACCAGUACCAGCGAGCAACCCUGUCCCCGGCGCCGACGUCGCCAAAAAGAAGGCAAACCGCGACAAUGACAAUGCGAAGGGCUUUAGCCUGGAGCUUCUCGCUGGUUUCCGGCCUGAUGGCGACUCGGAGGAGGAGAGCUCGGAGGAGGACGUGAAUGUAAGAUUCCCCCUUUUUAUCGCAACUCGUCUAGCAGUAGUUCACCAGAUGCUAAUUACUUACCUCUAGGGCCUGUUCCCCGCCGGCAAGAAGGUCUGGUACCGCGAGCCCAGUAGCGGCCUUGACCACCUCGCAAAGAUCAUCUCCCACUCCAGAAAUGGACGUGGGGUAGUAUACAAGAUUCAAUUGAUGAUCACGGGGGAGUACAAGCGCGCCUGGGCUCGCGACUUGAGCCGCCAAAGACGGGGUUCGGAGGGUGACAAGGGGAUUGGGGGUGGAAAUGGGGGGGGCCCUGCGGGGCAAACAAUGUGA